CCUAACCAGUUCACCUAUUGUUGUUUGUCUGGUCGUCUCUCUUGUAUAUAACAUACAUUGAUUAGCCAUCGAUCCACAACAACAACCAGAAAACCAGCAACUAAGAUCUUCCUUAGAAGCUUCACCGUUCAGACCCCUUCUUUCCCCCACAACAGAGCCGCCGUUCGCCGGAGACAACAACAACAACAAAAAGUUCCAGUUUCAGUUUCAGCGCCCCCCUUCUUCCUCCGCCAAGAGCAGAGAGCCGUACGUUAUGUGCCCUCUAAGGUUUAUAUUGGUCUUCCUCUCGGCCAUGCUGGCCGGAUUUUUGGCAUUGAGGACUCUCCGCUCUUCGCCGGGUGUGGGAUUCAUGGAUUCAGGAAGCUCGUCAACGCCGGAAGAAAUAUCACCCAAAGAGAACAAAGAAUUUGAGCUCAAGAAGACGAUUCUGAAUGGCCUCUGGGUAUUUGGGGACAUGGCCAGCGGGAGGUAUUUAUGGAGAAAUCUUGGAGAGAUGAAGAAGGUCAAGAGCUCCUAGGUUUUAUCUGUUCAUUGUAUCUGAUCAAAUCUAAGCUUGGUUUUCUUCUUCUUCCCUUCUUUCCACCCACUCAUCGAUCAGCACUAACAAGAAACAUUCCUCAAUGUAUUGUUGUAUCUAAUUUUCUACCAAUUCCAGGGAGCAGUACGUAUGUACUUGUUCAUGGAAACUGAGGCACGCAACUAAUGAAAUUUGAUUCAUGUGUA